AUGGCAGACGAAUCAACCCUCCGGCAGCGCAAGCCACAGCCUAAGAACGAGACAGAUUCUGAAGUCUCCCAACCUUCAACUCCUACGAAGAAGCACAAGAAGAGAUCAUCUGACAAAGUUGAUCAAGAAGACCCUUGGGAUGGCUACUCGCCCUACGUCGAUGUGUUGCGUGUCAUCAGCUUCAUAGUCGUAGCUUCGAUGGGCCUCAGCUAUGUUAUCAGCGGAGGGGAGAGCUUCUGGUGGGGACAUAAGAACAAGCCAGAGUGGAUGACUCAAAAAUUCUAUAAGGAAUUGAUCCUCGGACCUCCACCACCUACAUACAUGACCCUGGAGGAACUCUCUCUCCACGACGGUACCGAUCCCGACAGACCUCUUCUCCUCGCCAUCAACGGUACCAUCUACGACGUCUCCAACGGCCGUCGUAUGUACGGUCCUGGUGGUUCAUACAGCUACUUUGCUGCCACCGACGCUGCUCGUGGCUUCGUGACAGGUUGCUUCGCUGAGGACCAGACUGCCGAUCUCCGCGGUUACGAAGAGACUUUUCUGCCUCUCGACGACCCCGAGGUCGACUCUCACUGGACCCCCGAACAGCUUGCUGAGCUCAAGAUUAAGGAGCGAGAGGAAGCCAAGGUCAAGGCUGACGCCGCACUCAAGCAUUGGGUUGAUUUCUUUGCCAACAACAAGAAGUACAGCAAGGUGGGAUACGUGCUUCGGGAGCCUGACUGGGUGGAAAAGGAGAAGCCCAAGAAGCUUUGCGACCAGGCUCAAAAGGGCAGGAAGGCAAGAAAGAUUCCCAAAAAGCAGUGA